UCACAGAAGGAAUACCCAAGGUCUGUUGCACUGUAGUGGAGUUUCAUCAGGCAUAUUCAGUCUAGCUCUGCAGCAGUGAGGGAACAGAGAAGGGCCAUGUCGUGGAAGUUGGUAAUUUUCACUUUUUUGUCAGUUGUUGAGGGAUUCAGUUCCUGUCCAAGCAUGUGUACCUGUCACUGGACUCAGAAUAAUCUAACAGUGGACUGUGGAAGUGCAGGACUCAAUUUCAUUCCACUGGAUGUACCCAUGGAUGUCAACAUUCUGAAACUAAGAAAUAAUUCAAUUCAAUUGGAAUCAAAUUCUUUUCAGAAAACACCCGAUCUUCAAAUUCUCCACCUUCAGAUGAACAAUCUUCAUUUUCUCCCUAAUGAUUUAUUUGCUUGGGUUCCUCAACUAAGAGGGCUUCAUCUGUAUAACAACAAAUUGUCCCACUUGCCAGAAAAUAUCUUCAGCAAUGUUCCAAAACUGGAAUAUCUCUUGCUCAAUAAAAAUCAGUUAUACAAUGUCUCUGAUCAACUAUUUGUCCCUCUGAAGAAACUCAAAACAUUAGUUCUGUCCCAUAACCGUCUCCAAGUGGUCUCCCCACGUAUUUUCCUGGGUUUGGAAUCAUUGAACACAUUGUCCCUGGCAUUCAAUCAACUCUCUAUUCUUCCAGAGUCACUUUUUGAAAAUUUGCAUAAUCUCAGAAUAUGUGCCCUCAACAACAAUAGACUGGAAUCCCUUCCCGACACGGUCGUCCAAGGAUUGCGAAAUCUAACCUGGAUAACAUUAGCAAAUAAUAUCCUUCGAGAGCUACCCCCAAAACUUUUCAGUCACACGCCACUCGUAAAGCUCUUUCUGAACAGUAACAAACUGGAGGUGCUGCCUACAGGAAUUUUACAUUCCUUAAAGGACCUUACUUACUUAGAUCUACGUAACAACCAACUAGAGUUGGUGCCUAAUGGAAUAUUUGAACCACUAGUUAAUCUGAACUCCAUCAGGUUGGAUCAGAAUCCCUGGAGGUGUGACUACGGGAAUAGUUACCUUCGCUGCUGGAUCAAAAGUCACCAAAACAUUAUCAACAGUAGAAGUAUCAACAAACCUGAAUCUGUAACCUGUCACUCACCAGAGCAUCUGGCAGGAAAUGCCAUGGUGAAUGUGACUGCCGGAGAAAUGGGCGAGUGUCAAACUUUGAAGCUCAUUAGUCCACAUUAGCAAGAUCCCUUGAAGAUUUGGAAUUUUUACCAAUGAAGUGUUGAGCAGAGCUUAAAGCCAGCAAUCAUUUUUAGAAUUGCCCAGCAAAGCUGAUAGGUGGGAAGAAAGUAAAUGAUAAAAUCUUAAAGUCAGCAUAACAAAAUCAGACCAUAUGGCUACUCUCUCAUUAGAUAUAGAUGGCUGGUGGUGGUUUUACCUGAGGGUCUCAUGCCUCAGGAAAAGGGAGAGGGUGAGAAAGAGAACUCUUCAUGACAUCAGCCAUGAACUCAGCCAGUGUGGGAAUUGAAACCAGGCUAUUGGUGCCACUCUGUGUUGCAAACCAGCCAUCUAGCCAACUGAGCUAACCAAACACCCACUUGUAAGACUGAAAUAAAAAGUGGUAAACACACAGGCAUAUUCAUUUAGAACAAAAUUAUAUCUUUAUUUCAAAACUACACUUUCCAUGUUUACAAAAGUAUUGUUUAUGUGAUAGUGACCUUGCUAACUGGAACUGUAAAUUUUAAACAAUUCCCAUGAUCUUCUUUUGUUUCAAUUUCUAUAUCCACUGGCCCAUUAAAUAAAAUACGUUUGGUUUAUUAAAAUUCUUUACUGUACUGUACAUAUUGAAUGCAUGUAAAAAUGACACAUUAGAAACGCAAAAAUGAAAAACCUGGAUGCAUAAACUGAACUCAAUGACAAA